GACAUCGAGAACGCUCUAGAACGCAAUUCUCCUUCUGUUAGAUUAUAAACUUGUGGUAUAAAUAAACAUCGAUCUGUACCAACUAUGAUCACGACAUCAGAAUUUUACGCAUCAAAUUCAGUAAAAUACUUACAAAUUUCAUCAUUUUCAUUGCGACUAGCGGUAAUCGACGAUGAACGGCGGUCCGUUUUUCAGAAACUAUUCCAUUCAAAAACCAUCACGAUCUGUUCCAGUCCAGCAAACACAACACAGAUCAUCGCCGAAGGUGGUUUCUGUGCCAGUUCACUUCAUUUCAUCUGAGCAACCACGAACUACAUUAUCGAUGUUAAAGGAUUCGGCGGCGCUUAAGAUCCAAAAAGUGGUCAGAGGUUUUAUUGUGAGAAAGAGCGUGAAGAAGGUCGGUUCAAUUAGAAACGAGGUUAGUGAAAUCGAACGGAGGAUUAACGAUAUCGAAAUUAUUGAUUUGAUUCGUAGAGAUGCAAAGGAGCGGUUGAGAGUGAACGAAACCCUAAUGUCUUUGCUUUUCAAAUUGGAUUCGAUUCGUGGUGUUGAUUGUGGCGUUAGGCUUUUGAGGAAAGCGGUUACCAGUAAGGCAAUCGCGCUGCAGGAGAAGGUGGACUCGAUUGCGCACGCUGAUCAAGAAAACCUAGAUUCACUUAACUACUCUGGCGAAAUUGAUGUUAACAAUGUCUGUAGAAGUACCUCCGAACAGAUCACAGAAACCUCCGGUGACACUGGCAAUUCGCAAUCCGUAGAAAAUGAUGUCGUAAAGGAGAUGGUUGUCAAUUACAAUCAUGUGGAAAUUGCAGCAGAUUUAACGGAAAUUGAGGAAGAGGAUCAUACAUCCAUUGCAGGUUCAAUGGAAGUAGAGAAAGUCCAUAAGGAAGGCGACGGAGGAAAUGAUGAUAAGGGGAAGAGGGAAGUCGUGGAGAAGUUGAUGGCUGAUAAUGAGAAGAUGAUGAAACUCAUGAUACAGAUUUCCGAGAGGAACGAAAUGCAGACACGGAUGAUCAACUCGUUAAGUCGAAGGGUGGAGCAGUUGGAGGAGGCAUUUAGGACUGAUAAGCUGAGGAGGAAGAAGAAGAAAACACGUGCUGCUUUAAGGAGGCUAGAUAAAGAUAAUUUCUCCAUUUGAGUUGGCUUUACUGUAUACCAGAAUCCAUUAAUGCUUUCUGGACAUGUUAAUGUUUAUGAAGAAUAUGUUUGUUUUGUAAUUUCAUUUUUACAAGUUUUUGGUCUUCAAAUAAAGUUUUUAUUUUAGUUUGAUGGUA